GAGCGGUAAAGGUUAUAGAAGCAAAAUAAAGAGGGGAAAAAGCAUAUUCUUCCCCAAGAAACCUUAUAUUUAAAUUAAAAACACACGCUCGCACUUUCUUCUAUCAGUCUCUUCACGCAGCCCACUGAUCAAACAUUCUUCUUCUUUCUUUCUCUCUCUCUCUCGCUUCGUUUUCGUCGAUAUUAGGGUUCUUACCGGAAAACCACAACAACAACCGAAAAUGCAUUCCAGUAACUUGCUUAUCGAAGAACCUAUUCGCAUGAUCUCAAUACUCGAGCCAGCCAAAUCCAGUUUCUUUCCUGCAAUGACUAGGAUCGUUGGUACAUUGGGACCUAAAUCUCGUUCAGUUGAUGUUAUUUCUUCUUGUCUCAAAGCUGGAAUGUCUGUGGCUCGUUUCGAUUUCUCUUGGGGUGAUGCUGAAUAUCACCAGGAGACUUUGGAGAAUUUGAAGACUGCUAUCAAAACUACUAAGAAGCUAUGUGCUGUUAUGUUGGACACAGUAGGUGCUGAGAUGCAGGUUGUUAACAAAAACGAGACAUCAAUUUCGCUUCAGGCUGAUAGUCAGGUUAUUCUGACUCCUGAUCAGGGACAGGAAGCUUCUUCAGAGAUACUGCCAAUCAAUUUUGAUGGACUGGCCAAGUCAGUGAAGACGGGAGACACCAUCUUCGUUGGUCAAUACUUGUUCACAGGAAGUGAAACUACUUCCGUAUGGCUAGAGGUAGCUGAAGUUACAGGGCAGGACGUUGUUUGUACUGUAAAAAAUUCGGCAACAUUGGCUGGGGCAUUGUUUACCUUGCAUGGAUCUCAAAUUCAUAUUGAUUUGCCGACCCUCACUGAGAAAGACAAGGAGGUUAUAAGCACCUGGGGAGUAAAAAACAAAAUUGAUUUUCUAUCAUUGUCAUAUACUAGGCAUGCUGAAGAUGUUCGCCAGGCACGUGAAUUCCUUUCUACAUUAGGUGAUCUUAGCCAAACUCAAAUUUUCGCGAAGAUUGAAAACGUUGAGGGAUUGACCCAUUUUGAUGAGAUUCUACAAGAAGCAGAUGGUAUUAUCCUUUCUCGUGGGAAUUUGGGCAUUGAUCUUCCACCAGAGAAGGUAUUUUAUUUCCAAAAAUCUGCCCUUUACAAGUGUAAUAUGGCUGGGAAGCCUGCUGUGCUCACACGUGUUGUGGAUAGCAUGACCGACAACUUAAGACCAACACGUGCGGAAGCCACCGAUGUCGCCAAUGCUGUUUUAGAUGGAAGUGAUGCAAUUCUUCUGGGUGCCGAGACUUUACGUGGGUUAUACCCUGUCGAGACUAUCUCUACAGUUGGCAGGAUUUGUUCAGAAGCUGAGAAAGUUUUCAAUCAAGAACUUUUUUUUAAGAGGACAGUCAAAUAUGUGGGAGAACCCAUGACCCAUUUGGAAUCCAUAGCAUCCUCUGCGGUACGUGCAGCUAUUAAGGUGAAGGCUUCUGUUAUCAUUUGCUUCACUUCAUCUGGAAGGGCUGCAAGAUUGAUAGCAAAAUAUAGGCCAACAAUGCCUGUUCUCUCUGUUGUGAUACCCAGACUUAAGACAAAUCAGCUAAAAUGGAGCUUUAGUGGAGCUUUUGAGGACCAACUACCAACACAUUUGUGGGAAAGCUUAUUUACUUCUAAUGCAAGGCAAUCACUUAUUGUAAGAGGUCUCUUUCCCAUGCUCGCUGAUCCUCGACAUCCUGCUGAAUCAACAAGUGCUAGUAACGAGUCUAUUCUCAAGGUAGCACUUGAUCAUGGAAAAAUGGCGGGAGUUAUAAAGCCACAUGAUAGAGUGGUUAUUUGCCAGAAAGUUGGAGAUGCAUCUGUAGUCAAGAUAAUCGAGCUUGAAGAUUAAGUGAUUCACACAGUUGAAGCUUUUCUUUUUUGUCUUUUUGGUUAUCACUAAGUUUUGGAAGGAGCAGAUCGUUCUGCUUUCACGAUUUGAAGUUAUCUCCACUGGGUUUUGGUGGCUAGUUAUUAUACUUUCUUUUCUUAUGUAUUGAAAAUGAAUGUUAGGCUAAUUAUUAAUUAGUACUGGUUGAUAUCAUACUUAACAUAGGGAACAUGCCCUUGCAAUUUUUUGGAACUGGAUUGAGUUGCAAUCCAAAUAGAAACAGAAUUUUUGCAGUUAGUAUUUGUUAACUUGAACUAAAUAUAUUAUAGAUUAUCUUUA